GGCACCGUACUGCCGUUAACAGUAACAAAAAUUUCUACAUAUACCUAUAGCAUCUAUAUGUUUUUUCUACUAUUUGAACCGCACCGCAAUUAUUCUGCAGUUGUCCCGCACGUUACCAUUCAAACCCUUAACCAAAUGUAUUACAAGAAGAUUACACUCCAAUAUUAUCACAAAAAGUAGUGAAUCAAUUUCAGAAUAGUGGAUCGAUGAGAACGUGAGCCAUCUGUAAUGUCAUAAUUUUGUUAAAUUUGUCAUAACCCUUAACCAAAUGUGUUACAAAUGUGAGCCAUCUGUAAUGUCAUAAAUUUUAGGGCAAUUUUUUUGAUGAGAUGUUAAAUUUAUUAAUCAUGAGCAAAAAAAAAAGUUAUGUACAAAGAGGAAUAAUUUUUUUCCAGGCCUAAGUAUGAAUACUAAACCAGAGUUGCAUCAGUCCUCGUCGAGGCUUUUCCGAGUAAUUCACUGACAAAAUUCGAUUCCUCACUGUUCUCCCGAUCACUUUGGCCAAUUGACUAAUUUGUCGAGGCUUUUUAAGAUGCCUCCUAUCAUUUCUCUCCCUCCAAACCAUGUAAACAUUAGUUUGAAACACGAGUCUCAAGAGUAGGUAGGUGAGAUGAUCAAAACCAUGAGUUGCGAGGUGAGUGAGGGUCUCUUCCCAAUCAGGAUCAGGGAACGACCUAGAAGCGUACCAACAACCUCUAACCAGAGCGGGUAAGUGUAAGGGAAAACAAAAAAUUAAUAAUCCUUGGAUUCGUUUGGUUCACCACAAAAUAGGCAGCAUUGUACCUGACCCCAUGCACACAUUCGUUCACCUGUCGACAACAUUGUGUUUCUUAUUGCAAGCUAAGUAAUAAAAGCAAAUCUUAGGGCAAUUCUUCUAAAAGAUAAUAACCAAAAUAAAUUUCAUUAAAUGACCAAAAUAAAUUUCAUUAAAAGAUAAAAAAACUCCUUUGUUAUUAUUUUUAAAUAUUACUUUUUGAAUCUAAAAAAAUUGAUUUUUUUUUUGAAAUCCAAAUAAAGAAUUGAAAUUAUUUUAAAAAAUUUUAUAUUAAAAUUUUCUAAAAUUUAAGUACUUAUUUUCUAAAACUACCCUUCAAAUCUAAACUUUAAAUUUAGAUUAGUUAAUCCUAGGAAUAUUAGUAUGUAUUUACUUUCUUUAAUAAAAUAUUUUGGUCGCUUUAGUUUUUGUGUACUAUAUUUAUGGUAACAAUUUUUGGGAAAUUGCGAAAAAUACCAUAUUUUUAAUAUUACUUUUCAUGUUUACAUUAAUCACUUUUACUCUUAUUUUUAAAAAGAAAAAGAUACUUAUAACCCUAUGAUCAACUAAGAGAAAACCACCAAAAAUAAUCUCCAACUAUCAAAAAAGCAAAAAAAAAACUUGAACUCAAAUUUGAGCAAUUUAAAUCAUCCACUUUUUAAUAUUGGCCAAUUUAAUCUUACAUUUAUGUUGACUAGGUCAUUUAUGUUGACUAGGUCAUUUAAGCUUUUUUUUUACAAAAAACAAAACAUAAUCUAGAGUUUUAAGAUAAACUGAGUACUUUGCAAAACAACAAUAUUACGUUAAAGGUUUUAAGAUAUAUGUAGCACUUUAGAUAUCUGCUUAUUUAGUCUCUGCUUAACAUAGAAAAAAUGAUUCAUAUGUUUAGCCUCAGCGACACAACAACCAAAAAGAACGAUGAUAUAAGUACUCUGCUUAUGAUGCAACACAAUUACUCUGGUUAUUAUGUUUCAAAUACAUGCUAAUAAGUUUGAACACAAAGAUAAUACAUUGAUAGAAACAGGGAUACAAUCACACUUGAGGCUGAGGUAGUCCUUGAGAUGGUUGGGAUGCUUGAGAGAGAUCUCCCUACAAAAUAUACCAUAGUAGUUAAAAGAAACUGUGAUUCAAUCCUUCCCAUUAGUAAUUAAAAAAUAAGAAUCAUACAGAAAUCUCUUUUUUCGUGGUCGACCUCUUGGCCUUUUGGGCCCAUUCUUGACUCUCUCAUUAGGACAAGUUGACUUGUUAUGACCUUCGAUCUCGACACGUAGAGCAUGUCAUGAUACAUUUAUCUCUGCUUAACUUGUUCUUAUUGGUUGAAGAUUCGUUAAGACAUUUAUUCAUAUCAUGAUUACUUGGUCUUCCACGAUUGCCUACUCUAAAUGGUGGUGGCAGAACUCCUAUCCUACCUAACCUAGGCCAGAACUUCUUGGAUAGGUUUUGAUUCUACGGUUGUAUGUUUGUCGCCACCUUUCUGUUGUAUAGUAAUCAACAACAUAAUCAUAAAACCUUAUCUUCUUUGCAACAAUCACACACGCGGUAUGUAUACAAGGAAUUCCCGUAAGCUGCCAUUUCCUACACCCACAUGCUCUCAAGUCCAUAUACACACUAUAUGAAACACUAUGAUGAUCAAUCUCAUGUCAAUUACCAUACGCCAUGUACCUUCUACAAUCUUUUUUUUUUCUUUUUUCCUUUGUCAAUUUAAUCUCACUAUGUACUUUCUUAGUAAACUCUGUCUUCAACCUACCAGAAACAAUAGCCAUCUUUGCAUUACUAACCAUACACUGCCUCCUAAUAUCCUCUAACAUGUCGAGUAAUGGCUUUUUCCUUGCUUCCCUAAUGGCUUUAUUGAAUGACUCACAUAGGUUGUUCAAGUUGUCAUUGCAGCAUGAUCCUAAUCUGAAGAAUACUCUAGACCAUGUUAGAGAAUUUUGGAGAAUAAAAGUGUUAUGCGCAUUUUUGUUAUACUUCUUAAGUACUUUUAAAGAAUCCUCAUAUUCUCUUUUUGUGUAGCAGCGUGCUAUUAUCCAGAACAUACGUUCCAAUUCAGGAUCUUUACUAUCUCUCUUCCAAUUAGACAGAAUGUGUCUUGCACACAUACGGUGUUCAACUUCAGGUAGUUCAUUUUUGACAACAUUCACCAAACCCUGCAUUUAGCAAAAAAUAAAAAAAACUAAAUCGGAACACUCAAAUUCAAAACAACAAAACACCAAAAGUCUUACUAUAAUAUGUUUUGUCAUCACGUGUUUUGUUCUACUUUCUAUAAUACGUGUUUUAGAAGUAUAAAGCUUAAGAAGUGUAAACACCUAAAUUCAAAACAACAAAACAAUUGAACUCUUUUUUUUUUUUGUAAAAGGAAACAAUUAAACUCUUACUAUAAAGCUUUUGUAGUAUUGUAUGUACUAAAAGAAUUUUGUCAUUACAUGUUCUGUUUCUACUUUCUAUAAUACAUCAAGUCUUACUCCAAAAGAGACGUGAAGAAUUUUGUCAUCACAAGUUUUCUACUUUCUAUAACGCUUAUAGUUUAGGAUUUCUGAACUCACGAACUUGCCCUUUGUAUUCAAACCCUAUUAUUUAACUUGAAUUUUUUUGUCCCGAGUUCAAUACUAACGCUUUAACUACGAACUAAUAAAGAAUUAACACUUAAAAUACAGAGAAAUACAUAAUACAGAGACGCUUUAACUACUAAAGUUUAUACGGUUCAAAUACAAAGUCAUAAGAUUCUACUAAAGCUUUAACUACUAACCUUCUGUUUUUCUGAUAUGAUGGUGAAUCUUGCACCAUCUUUAAGUCGAAGAUCUUCCUUCAAGUGUUUAACAAACCACUCACAGUUUAUGUUGUUCUCCACUUCAACUACUGCCCAAUCAAUUUGAACUAUCCUGUUGUCACCAUCUUUUCCAAUCGCAGCAAAAAAUGUCCUUUAUAUCCCAUUUCAGAAAGGCUCCAUCUAAACCUAUUAUUGGCCUACAUGUUUCAAUCCCGCAAAACACAUGUAAAGACGAUCAAACCUUUGUUUGCUCUGUAAAACUGGUUCUGGAAUCAUUUCAAUCUCCAUCGUUGAGUAAGGUUUCGUGUGAAGAAUAUUUGCUUGGUAGUCCCAAAUACGAGAAAAAUGAACUUCAUGGCUGGUUUUUAUUUUUCUGUAGCUUUUGCUUUGCCACAUUGAUCCUCGGAGAAAAUCAGAUUAUAUUCUCUUUUUAUCUCAUCUGCCAUCUCUGUCCUCUUGAGCUUCGGGUUCAGUCUUAAUCUUUCUUCAAACAACAUAGCAAUUGAAGAUGUGUUUAGAAUUUUCGAGUAUCCUGACCUUAAGCAAGUAUGCUCAUUCACAUAAACUUUUACCUGCAUCUUAUGUUUUCUACUUUCAUAAGCGCAGUAAAAUUUUCAAGGACAUUUCGACUCAACAUCAGAGCAUUUCGCACAAAGUUGCUUAGAACAUGACUUGUAAAGUUUUAUGUCCUAUCUUUUUCUGAGUGAAUACCUAAGGAGAGCCACUUUAAAAUCGGAUGCACAUCCAUAUGUCUUCCCCAAAUACAAAAGCUCUUCACAUCCCUCUGUGUUUGCGACCUCUUCCCUAUGCUUUAAAACUUCUUCUUCAUCAUCAUCAUCAGAAGAUAAUGGAUCCGGAAUAGUAUCAUCGUUCCAAAUUUCGUCUCCACUGUCCUCAUCACUUUUAUCUACAACCUGUUCUCGAGCAAUAUCUCCAAAUUGCUCUCCUAAUCUCCAAUAUCUUCUUCUUCAACACCAAUACCAUUCUGCUCUUCAUUCUCAAAAUCAGAACCAGCCUCGUCUUGAACUACCUCACAGUCAUUAGUCUGCUCUUCAACUCCACCAUCUUCUCUAGUAUUCUAUUGUACCUCUCCACCACCUGAUUGAGCAGUGUGAUAAAUGAUAUACCAUGGAUUUUUCCCACUUUUAGCUGUAGUAUAUUAGUGUUUUAGGAACUAUUUAUUCUAUUUUAAAGUCGUUUUAGUAUAUUUACAGGUUCAAGAGUGUUUUGGAGAAAAGUGAUGAUUUGUCGACAAUAAGAGACAAACAUCUAUCGACGCACAUCAUGUGCCGUCAAUCGACAGCGAAUCGCGCGAGAUUCAUCUAGGUUUCCAGCCGACUUAAUUCCCAAGUCACAACAUAUUUAUAGAAAUACCAAUGGCCAACUUUUGACCUAAUAUUUAUGUGCUCUUCCAUUGUUCUAGGCAACAACGCUUUCAUAUUUUCUACUUUUCACAGCAAAUAAUACUUAGGGUUUUUAGUAGGUUGGAGAGAAGAUCCAAAAAUCUUUCAGAGAUUUGUAUUGAAACUACAGUAUUUCUAACUAUAUUCUAUUUAUGCAUCCUCUUCAGUUAUUCAUUAUGAUUUAGUUUGUUCUGUCUGAGUAAUUCAUCUGUUAGAUUUAGGAUUCAAAUAGAUCACGAAGGAUUAGCCCAAAAUAUAGAAUUUCUAAGGUGAUAAAUAUCCUUUAAGGAGUUUAUAACGCCCCGACCCGUCCACGGCUAAUGGGCCACCCACGCCCGCUCUCUCGGCCCGUGGGCCCCAUUUCAUCUGACGGCCGGUCGUUAAUUUUCCAAGGCCCGAAAUCAUUGUUUACUGACCCUGCAAUCACCACCCGACCUUUCCCCGUGCUUUGGCCUCAUUCGCACGCUAUCGCGAAUCACUUCCCGAUAGGUCACCCAUCCUUCCACUACUCCAGCUCAAGCACGCUUAACUCUGGAGUUCUUUCAGGAUGUGCUCCGGAAAAGGUAAGUCAACUUUGGUGACAUAGGUAGCCAAAUCAAUUCUCUGAAGCCUUUUUCACAUAUCACAACUCGGGAUGUUACAAAGUUGUUAUUAAAUGUGUUCUAUGGUAGCUAACUAGAACCUUGAACUUAGGAUUGUGGACAACUACGACCGUAGGUUCUGCACCGGAAUUGAUUCCCUUGAGCUAGGAUUAUUUAGAAACAAGCGACAACUGAUUUAAACAAUAGUAGUGAACCUAUUGAUCAACUCGUUAAAGCUUGCCUAAGGAAGGACACAGUGCCUUCGCCACCAAGGAAGAGGCUGAUGAAGAGGUGCUUGAAGUUUUGAACAUCUACUCUCGCGUCUAUGAAGAUCCUCUUGCGGUUCCUGUGAUAAAAGGUCGAAAGAGCGACAAGGAGAAGUUUGCUGGUGCGGAUUACACCACAAGCAUUGAGGCUUUUAUACCAACAACUGGUCGUGGUGUACAAGCUGCGACCUCGCAUUGUUUAGGACAUAAUUUUUCAAAGAUAUUUGAAAUCGCCUUUGAAGAUAAGGAAGUAAAAAGAGACAAGAAAGGCAAAAUAAUAAAGCCAAUGGUGUGGCAGAACUAGUGGGGUUUAAGUACAAGAUCGAUAGGAGUGAUGGCUAUGACACAUGGGGAUGUCAAAGGCUUGGUGUUACCUCCAAAAGUGGCAUGUUAUCAAGUAGUUGUGGUCCCUGUCCCUUUCAAAGGUGUUGAUACUAAAAGGAUCUCUCAUGAGUGUCAAGCUGUUAAAACCGCCUUGCAAGGUGCUGGAGUCCGUGCUUUAGUAGAUGAGGGAGACAACUAUGCUUGUGGCUGGAAGUAUGCAGCCUGGGAGAUGAAAGGUGUUCCUUUGAGAAUCGAACUCGGUUCUAAAGAUUUGGAAAAGAAUCAGGUGAGAGUGGUGAGGCGCGACACUGGAGUGAAGAUGGAUGUGAUAAGAGUGGACCUGGUUGAAAGGGUCAAGGGCUUGAUGGAAGAAAUACAGAGAGAUCUCUAUGUUGUGGCCAAGAGAAAGCUUGAAGAAAGCAUUCAAAAAGUUGAAACUUGGGAUGAGUUUAAGGAAGCUCUGAGACAGAAGAAUCUGGUUUUAGCUCCAUGGUGUGAUGAAGUUGAGGUGCAGAAUGAUGUGAAGGAGAAUACUAAUGGUGAAAACGAAGCAGGAGCGAAGACUCUAUGUACUCCCUUUGAGCAGCCUGAACUAAGAGAAGACACUUUGUGCUUUGCAUCAGGAAGGCCAGCCAAGAAGUGGACCUAUUGGGGAAGAAGUUACUAAUAGCAUGUUUAGGAUUCAAAGUCUUCUUUACUAAGUUAUGCUUUUCAUCUCUUUCGUUCUUCCUUGUUUUACGAGAGAAACCCAUAAAACCUUUUCAUUAGUUAUUAUCAUAUGUAUUGCUCAGUAAACCCCACAAAAAGGUAAAUCCACAAAUUGAUUUAUGAGAGAAGAAGCGUGUGUAACGAUGUCAUAAGAUCUCCGACAUUUGCAUAUACUUGGUAAUAGAAGAAUCAAAUUUUACACUCAAAAGAAAAAUGAGGUUGUGCAAGUUUUCUAGAGGCUAAACAAAGCUUCAGAUGUUAGGAGAGAAGGAUAAAUUUUAUUUCAGCAUAAGAGAGGCAAAAAAGUUAAACAAAAAAGUAUUAAACAUCUUGGCGAAUGUUGAGCCAAGAAGUAAAUGGGAAAUGUCUACAAGAUCAUGAAAAGUGAGAUUGAUACGUUUUGAUACCUGCGAGGCAUUCGGAAAUUACAAGUUAUGGUGCCUACGAAUCCUGAAUGUAACUAAGACCAAAGCAGUUUGAUCAAUGGUUAUUUAACCACCGACUUGCUUGGUCAUGGUGGCAACAACCCAUCGAUUGUCUCAUUAUAGUUGCAGACUUGCUAUCUUUGCUGCUGCAGUCAUCCAGGUUUUUGAUCCAUUUUUCUUUUUAAGCCAAUUUCAGAAGUUUUUAGGAUUUUUUUUAACUAAUUCACUCAAAUAUUUGUUUUACAUUGGGUUCAAUUCAAAGUCUAAUGAUUAAGGUUUGGCUAUUUAGAAGAUAAAGUUUUGAUUAUAAUUUAGGAUACUUUAUUAGUGUUUUUUUUGUUUAAUGAAUGCUGUUCAACUAGCCUCGUCUUGAACUACCUCACAGUCAUUAGUCUGCUCUUCAACUUUACCAUCUUCUCUAGUAUUCUAUUGUACCUCUCUAUCACCUGAUUGAGCAGUGUGAUAAAUAAUAUACUAAAGAUUUUAUCCACUUUUAGGCGUAGUAUAUUAGUGUUUUAGGAACUAUUUAUUUUAUUUUAAUGUCUUUUUCGCAUAUUUACAAGUCCAAGAGUGUUUUGAAAAAAAGUGAUGAUUUAUCGACAAUAAGAGACAAACAUCUAUCAAUGCACAUCAUGUGCUGUCAAUCGAUAGCGAAGCGCCCGAGAUUCAUCUAGGUUUCCAUCCGACUUAAUUUCCAAGUCACAACAAAUUUAUAGAAAUACCGUUGACCAACUUUUGACCUAAUAUUUAUGUGCUCUUCCAUUGUUCUAGGCAACACACACUUUCAUAUUUUCUACUUUUCACAGCAAACAAUACUUAGGGUUUUUAGUAGGUUGGAGAGAAGAUCCAAAAAUCUUUCAGAGAUUUGUACAUGAAAUUCCAGUAUUUCUAACUAUAUUCUAUUUAUGCAUCCUAUUCAGUUAUUCAUUAUGAUUUAGUUUGCUCUGUCUGAGUAAUUCAUCUGUUAGAUUAAGGAUUCAAAUAGAUCACGAGGGAUUAGCCCAAAAUUUAGAAUUUCUAAGGUGAUAAAUAUCCUUUAAGGAGUUGUUGUUAAAUGUGUUCUAGAGUAGCUAACUAAAAUCUUGAGCUUAGGAUUGUGGACAACUACGACGGUAGUUUCUGCACCAGAAUUGAUUUCUUUGAACUAGGAUUAUUUAGAAACAAGCGACAACUGAUUUAAACAAUACUAGUGAACCUAUUGAUCAACUCGUUAAUGCUUGCCUAAGAGAACAUCGAUCGACGUUCUUACCAUAACAUCGAUCGACGUUCAAUCCGUAUCAACAAGCUACAUCUAAGAUAUUGGACAUAGUCAAAACAUAAGACUCGCAUGCGAAAGCUGGAUAUCUUUACAUAAAAAGUCGAGUUCUAGGAUUGACAACCCAAGUAUUCUAUACCUUUAUAAUCUUGAUUACUUGAAUAGAAAUCCUAGAUCUAGCGCUUUCUAAUAACUGUUUACAAACCUCAAACUAAUCAACUGCAACUGUCUUGUUCGCUUUGCUUGCUUAUUUAUUGUUUUAAUAUUUUACCAAGAUUAAACACUGCUUAUUAUUAUAUGUAUGCUCUAACUCCUUGUAGAUUCGAUCAUAAAAUACUAUAAGUGAACCUUUUAUUUGAGAAAGUAAAAGUCAAAGGGUAAUUUGAGAAAUAUCAAUAAAUACUACCGCAUGAUCUUGGCCAUCUUAUUGUUCAAGCUUCGUGUCACCAUAGAGAGAGGAAGGAAAAUUAAGAUUUUAGUUAUUAGGGCUCGUGAUAAAGUUUUUCUUUUUAAAAAAAAAUUGUAUUGUAUUAAAGUGAACGAUGGCGGUGUAUUACAUAUUUAACGGAGGGUUAAUGAUAAUUAACGGUGGACUUUGGAAAAGUUUAAUGACCUAGUCAAGAUUAAUGUGAGAUUAAAUUGACCAAUAUUAAAAGGUUGGUGAUUUAAAUUGCUCAAAUUUGAGUUCAGAUUUUUUUUGUAUUUUUUUUUUAAAAGUUGGAGAUUAUUUUGGUGGUUUUCUCGGUUAACUAAUAUAAAUUUAGAGUUUAGAGUUGAAGUGUAAAAUAUUGUUUUUGGAAUGUGGAGUUUAAGAUUAUAGUAAAUAUAUAAAUAAAUGCUUAAACUUUUUAAAUUUUUUUUUUAAAAAAUUGUUUCAUAAAUAAUUUUUGAUUUCAAAAAGAAAAUUUGAAAAAGAAAUUCAAAAAACAAAAUUAAUAAGAAGUUCGAAUUGGAAAAAAAUAUAAUUCGAAAACAUAAAUUUUUUUUAUUUAUUGAAAUAGUCAUUUAUUAUAUAUAUAGUAAACGCAUAAGAGUCUUUUGCCUCAUAAUGAAUAAUGUAUUUUUGAAAAUGUAUUUUUAGUGAAGUAAACAUGAAUAAAGAUACCAAUAAUAUGAUAAACAUGAAAAUUCUCCAAAACGUUUUUAGUGUCAUAAUAGAAAAUUUUAGUUAAGUAUAUAAGUAUCCUCUGAGAGAAAAGGGAUUGUCACGAACAUAUACGACUUCAAUACUCUAACA